UUGAGGUAUUGUUUACAUUAGGGGAAAAAACAAAUCUGUAUUCCAGCAACAAUGCAGCUAUACCAGUGUUGCAAUCAGCUCACACUAGUGUGAUCUGAGUGCUGACAUUUUACCUCUGUAUAAUGAAACUUGCUGUUCCCAGGGCAGUGCUUCGUCCUCAGUAGCACCCGGCACUAGUACAACUGUAUAUUGUCAGAGUAAAGAGCUACACCAGAGAAAGUGUAUACACACUUAACGGAAAGACCUAAAAAUUAAGCAGAACUGGGCAGAAGGUGAGGAAGAAUAGGGCAAAGAGGAGAUUAAGAAACAAGGCAAUUGUAAAAUAUCUUUGAAGGAUAAUGGGGGAAUGGAAACUACUGGAGACUGAAAAGAGUAAUACUUCAUUUCCAACAACUAACCAAAGAUAAUAAACCGGGAUAACAGGGGCUCUUGUCUCUUUAAAUAAAAGUAGCUGGAGGAUGCAAGGAAACAGGAAGAGUAUAUUAAAACAUACACACCCACAAAAGCAAAUAAUGAAGGAUCAGAAGAGUAGGGAGAAGUAGAUUAUUCUGUUUAGCUGCAACCAGUGCAGCUAAACCAGUUCUCCUUUUGGUGCUUUCUUCAGCUCUUUCUGUAGGAUACAGAUUUUACUUAGGAAAUUUCUCAUGGUGAAGUCCCCUUUCCUAAGAACAAGCAAAAAAAAAAAAAAGGAGGGGGGGAGCUUUCUAUCCUAAAGCAGUCAUUAUCUGCCGGAGUCUGAUAGAACAAUGAGAGCUACCCUUUCCAGUUGGGCCUGCUUGUCUUUAAGCCUGUUGACCUGCUCCUGGCUCUGUGUAACAACUGAGAACCAAUGUAAAAUCAGAAAUCAGGUGGCGGACUGCAGUCAUCUAAAGCUGAAGCAAAUUCCUUCAGAUCUCCCAAUUAAUAUAACAGCGUUGGACAUUUCUCAUAACCAGCUGAACAAACUACCACCUGAAAAUUUUACAAAGUACAGCCAGCUUACUUACCUGAAUGCAGGAUCCAACACACUCUCUAAAUUGCAUCCAGAACUGUGUCAAAUCCUGCCCUUGUUAAAAGUUUUGAAGCUUCAACAUAAUCAGUUGUAUGAGCUCACUGACAAUGUUUUUUCUUCCUGUUCCAGCCUGAUGGAGCUCAAUUUAGGGUACAACAUAAUAAAAAUAAAAAACAAUCCUUUUAAAAACCUGAAGAAUUUGAGCAUACUGGAUUUAUCCCAUAAUCGUUUGCUUUCAACAAAAUUAGGAUCUCAAACCCAGUUGGAGAGCCUUCGUGAGCUUGUGCUGUCAGAGAAUCGAAUCACUGAGUUAAAAAGAGAAGAACUAGAUUUUCUUAGCAACACUUCCUUAACUAGGCUUGAUUUAUCAUCAAAUCCAUUAAACAAGUUUCACACAGGCUGUUUACGUGCAAUUGGAAAUCUGUAUGGCCUUGUGCUGAACAACAUGAAACUUAGUGAAAAUGACACAGAGAAACUUUGUUUAGAAUUAUCAGGCACAAGAAUUCAGAAUCUUUCGCUGAGCCAGGUCCAGCUUUCUUGUAUUUACAAGUCAACCUUCCAAGGACUGCAAACAACAAAUCUCACAUCUUUAAACCUUUCCAAAAAUUAUUUGCUCACAAUAGAAAAUGAGUCCUUUGCCGGGCUUUCAAACUUAGAAAAUUUAAAUCUAGAGGAUAAUAAGAUUUAUAACUUGACUUCUCAUUCAUUGUAUGGAUUGUCCAGUGUCAAGUAUUUGAAUCUGAGAAGAUCGCAUGUCAGAAAAAUUGAUGAUUUUGCAUUUCGUUGGCUAAGCCAUUUAGAGGAGCUUCUUCUAGAUGGUAAUAGUUUUCAAGAAAUUACUCCUAAUAUGUUUACAGGCUUGGACAAUCUGAAAUAUUUGAGUCUAUGUAACUGGACCAAUGGCUUACAAAUAAUAACUAAUAAAACGUUUUCAUCACUUGCUAAUUCUACUCUGCAGUUUCUUAAUGUUACAAAAAGUAGAAUCACAAAAAUAGAAAGUGGAGCAUUUUCUUGGUUGGGACACCUAAGAAUUCUUGAUUUGGGACUCAAUGAAAUUAACCAAGUUCUCACAGGUCAUGAGUUUAAAGGUCUGCAAAAUAUUGAGGUUAUCUACCUUUCCUACAAUAAACAGUUGACUUUGACAAGCAAAUCAUUUGCUUUUGUUCCAAGCCUUAGAAAACUUAUGCUACGGAAGGUAGCUUGUAGCAGUCUGGACAUCUCUCCGUCACCUUUUCACCCUCUACAGAAUCUAACCAUCCUGGAUAUCAGCAACAACAAUCUAGCUAACCUAAAAGAUGAUUUGUUUGAUGGACUUCACAGACUUGAAAUUUUGGAUUUGCAACAUAAUAAUUUGGCUCGACUUUGGAAACAUGCCAAUCCAGGAAGUCCUGUCCUUUUUUUAAAAGAUCUUCUUAACCUUCAUGUACUUAAUUUGAAGUCUAAUGGUUUUGAUGAGAUUCCAGUACAAGUUUUCAAGGGUUUGUUUCAAUUAAGAAUCCUGGAUUUAGGAUUAAAUAAUUUGAACUUACUUCCAGCAUCUUUGUUUGAUGAUCAGAAAUCUCUGAAUUCAUUAAUCCUUCAGAAAAAUCUUAUAACAUCUAUUGAAGAAAAAGUGUUUGGGAUAGUUUUCAAGAACCUGAAAGAACUAGAGAUGGAUUCCAAUCCAUUUGACUGUACCUGUGAAAGCAUCUCCUGGUUUGUUAAUUGGCUUAAUGUGACCCAAACAAACAUACCUGGAUUAGAUACCCAUUAUCUUUGCAAUACCCCAUCUAAGUAUCAUAGUACUCUGGUGAUGCAUUUUGACAUUUCACCCUGCAAAGAUAGUGCCCCUUUUAAACUAUUGUAUAUAAUAAGCACCACUUUGAUAAUGCUCCUCAUUUUCAUUGUCAUUCUCAUCCAUUUUGAAGGCUGGAGGAUAGCUUUUUACUGGACUGUGUCAGUGAAUCGAGUACUUGGUUUUACAGAAAUAGACAGGCAACAGGAAGAAUUUGAUUAUGAUGCCUACAUUAUUCAUGCAAGAAGGGACAGGAAGUGGGUGUCCAAGAACUUCAUUCCUCUGGAAAAAAACGAUCAGUCUCAAAUUAGGUUUUGUUUAGAGGAACGAGAUUUUGAAGCAGGCAUAUCUAAAUUUGAAGCCACUAUUAAUAGUAUAAAAAGAAGUCGAAAGAUUAUCUUUGUUGUCACUGAACAUCUCCUAAAAGAUCCCUGGUGCAAAAAGUUCAAGGUGUAUCAUGCUGUCCAGCAAGCUAUUGAGCAAAGUCGGGAUUCCAUCAUACUGAUCUUUCUUCAUGACAUUCCAGAUUACAAGCUGAAUCAUGCCCUUUGCUUGAGAAGAGGAAUGUUCAAAUCUCGCUGCAUCUUGGAUUGGCCAGCUCAGAAAGAACGGGUCAAUGCAUUUCAUCAGCAAUUAAAAAUGGCACUUAAAUCUAGCAGCAAAAUACAUUGAAUUUUUAAAGUAUAAGUUUGAACUCUUAGGACAUUGUAUUUCAGACUGUCUAAAUGGCAACGGCCCUUGUAGGAAAAAAUUAAACCAAUCCACAGUAA